GACUGCAGAGCUGCUGGCUACCACAGUGCCGUAUGGCUGGGAGCAGGACCACUCUCUGCACAUGGCUGGGCUGCCCUGGGCUGCUGGGCUGUUUCUUGCUGGGCUUCCUUGCAGGAUGGUUUACAAAACCGACUGAGAAACCAACCAGUCCAGCAGAUAUCUAUCAAAAUGCGAAACAGAAACUUAUGGCUGAAAUGAAAGCAGAAAAUAUCAAGCAAUUCCUCCGUUCUUUCACAAAGUUUCCUCACCUCGCAGGAACAGAACAGAAUCUUUUUCUUGCCAAACAAAUUCAAGGCCAGUGGAAGGAAUUUGGAUUGGAUUCAGCAGAACUAGUUCAUUAUGAUGUCCUUCUUUCCUACCCAAAUGAAACCCAGCCAAACUACAUCUCAAUAAUUGAUGAUCAAGGGAAUGAGAUUUUCAAUACAUCAUUUUUUGAACCACCUCCUCAAGGAUAUGAAAAUGUUACUGGUAUUCUGCCACCAUAUAAUGCUUUUUCAGCACAAGGAAUGCCAGAGGCAGAUCUGGUAUAUGUGAACUAUGGCCGCACUGAAGAUUUUUUUAAGCUGGAGCGUGAAAUGGGAAUUAAUUGUACAGGAAAGAUUGUCAUUGCCAGAUAUGGGAAGAUCUUCAGAGGAAACAAAGUUAAAAACGCCAUAUUAGCGGGAGCUCAAGGGAUCAUACUUUAUUCAGACCCUGCUGACUACUGUGCCCCAGGAGUAGAUGCUUAUCCAGAUGGCUGGAACCUUCCAGGUGAAGGAGCCCAGCGUGGGAAUGUACUAAACUUGAAUGGAGCUGGAGACCCUCUAACACCAGGUUAUCCUGCAAAAGAGUACACUUUCCGGUAUAAAGUUGAAGAAGGAAUAGGGAUUCCCAAGAUCCCAGUUCAUCCCAUUGGAUAUCAUGAUGCAGAAGUGUUAUUACGUACAAUGGGAGGACCUGCGGCUCCAGACAGCAGCUGGAAGGGAAGUCUCAAUGUGUCUUAUAAUAUAGGGCCUGGGUUUGCACACAACUUUUCUACAAGAAAAGUCAGAAUGCAUGUUCAAAUAAACAAUCAAAUAACACGAAUUUACAAUGUCAUUGGCAUCCUCAGAGGAGCUAUGGAACCAGACAGGUAUAUUAUUUUAGGAGGUCACAGAGAUUCCUGGGUAUUUGGUGGUAUUGACCCAUCUACUGGGGCUGCUGUUUUUCAAGAGAUUGUUCGGAGUUUUGGAAAAAUGAAGAUGGAAGGUUGGAGACCUAGGCGAACUAUUAUUUUUGCUAGCUGGGAUGCAGAAGAAUUUGGAUUGUUGGGUUCCACAGAAUGGGCUGAGGAAAAUGCCAAAGUCCUCCAGGAGCGAGCAGUUGCAUACAUCAACACAGAUUCUUCUAUAGAAGGCAACUACACAUUAAGAGUUGACUGCACCCCCCUUCUCUACAAACUCGUGUAUAAACUGACAAAAGAGAUUUUAAGCCCUGAUGAGGGUUAUGAAAGUAAGUCUCUUUAUGAAAGCUGGCUUGAGAAAGACCCUACAACUGAAAAUAAUAGUUAUCCCAGAAUAAACAAACUAGGAUCAGGCAGUGAUUUUGAAGCCUACUUUCAGCGACUGGGAAUUGCAUCAGGCAGAGUUCGUUAUACCAAGAAUAGGAAAGCUGACAAAUUCAGCAAUUAUCCUGUUUAUCACACUGUGUAUGAGACUUUUGAAUUAGUGGAAAAAUUUUAUGAUCCCACCUUCAGGAAACAGCUAACAAUUGCCCAGUUACGAGGCCAACUGGUUUAUGAACUUGCAGAUUCCUACGUCAUUCCUUUCGACUGUCGAGAUUAUGGAGAAGCCUUAAAAGGAUAUAGUAAUAGAAUUUAUAAAUUGGCCAAAAAAUAUGAAGAAGAACUGAAAACUUACAAAAUAUCAUUUGAUUCACUUUUUUCCGCUGUGGCAAAUUUCUCAAAGGCUGCUGCUGAGUUUCAUAGGAGACUUGAACAAGUUGACAUGAAUGAUCCAGUUGCAGUGCGAAUCAUGAACGAUCAGUUGAUGUUUGUAGAAAGAGCUUUUAUUGAUCCUCUUGGCUUACCGGGCAGGAAAUUUUACAGGCAUGUCAUCUUUGCUCCGAGCAGUCACAACAAGUACGCCGGAGAGUCCUUCCCAGGAAUCUAUGAUGCCAUGUUUGAUAUUGAAAACAAAGCAGAUCAGCAUGGAGCCUGGGAAGAAGUGAAGAGGCAGAUUUCCAUUGCAGCUUUCACAGUGCAGGCAGCAGCAGGGACACUGAAAGAAGUAGCAUAGGAUGAUGCUUUUGAAAAGCUCAGGCAAACAGCAAAGUCUAAAGUUCACUGCAGUGGUCCUACUGUAGCAACAUAGUCUCUUCUAACUACCUAUCACUUCUUUCCAGCCUUCUGAAUACAUGCAAAUGUUCUGGUAGGAUGAGCAAGAGCUUUGUGUGUCAGAGAUUUGUGAGCUAGAAAUUACUGCUUCUCUAGUACUGGCAAAACUGUAGCUUUAAGAGAAACACUAGAUGAAAGCAAAGUUUUAGGGAGGAGAAAAACAAUUAGUUCACAAUUAGAUUUUUUGUGAAGGAUCUGCUGAUUCUGAGGUCUUGAUUUUUUGGACGUACAAUUACAAAACCAGUUAUUUGCAUAGGUGUCUGUAAAUCUUAUCAUCUGUAGCAGUGAUCAACAGCAAACAUUUCAAAGAAAAAUAUCAGUGCUCAGCAAAUAUAUUUUUCUUCUUCUAAUAAUGACUUCUAUAAUGUAAGACACUGAAGCCAUUCCUUCAUUUUAGAACCCCUUCAGUAGGGCUAGUGAGGGCUCAUUUGCUUUCUUAUCUUGAAGAAUAAACACAUAUACACAUAUAUAGAUAUAUGUAGAGACCCUUUUUUUGAAGGGAGUAAAAGGGCUACUAGACAUGCCUGGUCAUCAGAGAACACAGCUGUUUUUUUGCAGAAACCUGAUUUCUCUGUAUUUUACAAAGAGACUCUUGAACACUAAGUGUCUACCCCUGUGAAAAUCACUGUGCACCUCCCUGCUUUAUUCAGAAAAUCUUACUUCAGAAAUCACAGACUUAGGGGGAUAACAGAACUGAUCUUUCUGUUCCUUCUGAAACUUUCACUAAUCCCACAGCAGUGGCAGCUGUUGUUCCUUUUUCCCUGGGAGUGCUAUUGCUAUUUCACGCAGAGGUGUCACCUUCCAACUGAGGGAGAUGGAGGACAUUGUCACUGCACAGGGUGAUACUAGUGUUGGCUGUGCAAAAAGGGGAAUGGAAUUUGCAGCAUGUCUUUUUUGAUUGCUUCAGGCUUGAUUUCAUGCAGUAGUUCUGCCUUCUGAUAAGAGCAGAAGUAAGUUUUCAUUAGGAGCUGCAUAUACAUUCAAGGAGAAAUUCAAAUGCAUUAAAAUGAUAGUAGUACAAAACUCUUUAAUUUACAAAAAAAUUAUUCUUGUUCAGUUGACUUUUGUGUACUACCUAUCCAUCUGUUUUGCAACUAAUAAA